AUGUCUGGCCCCCCGCGCCCCGGCGUCCGCAAAACAGCGGCAACAAACCUCCAACGCGCCGCCGCCUCCCGCCCCACCUCCCGCGCCGCCGGCCUCAUGACAGCCCACCAAAUCUCAAUCACCAACGCGCGCAUGGGCGCGCCCCCCAACCUCCCGCAACCCACCAACUCCUCCACCGCCGUACCCCCCUCCCCUGCCGGAUCAACCAUCUCCACCACCUCCCGCCGCUCGCCCACGCGAAAGACAGCCCGCCAGAUCGCGGCAGAGGCCGCACAGGCGCUGCACGACGAGCAGCACAACUCGGAGACAAACAUCAAUGUUGUUGUGCGCUGCCGCGGGCGCUCCGAGCGCGAGAUCCGCGAGAGUAGUGUUGUGGUGGUGUCGACGCCCGGCGGCCUGCGCGGCCGCGAGAUCGCGCUGAGUAUGGGCCCGCUGGCGCUGAGUAAUAAGACGUACAGCUUUGAUCGGGUGUUUGGGCCCGAGGCGGACCAGACGAUGAUCUACGACGAUGUGGUGGCGCCGAUGCUGGACGAGAUGCUGAUGGGGUUCAAUUGUACCAUCUUUGCGUAUGGGCAGACGGGCACGGGGAAGACGUACACCAUGACGGGGGACAUGGCGGAUAAUUUUGGGAGCUACUCGGAUACGGCGGGCAUCAUCCCGCGUGCGCUGUAUCAGCUGUUUGCCAAGCUGGGCGGCGCGGACGAGAAGGAUAAUAGUGUAAAGUGCUCGUUUAUCGAGCUGUAUAAUGAGGAGCUGAGGGACCUGCUGGCGGCGGAUGAUAAUGCGAAGGUGAAGAUCUUUGAGGACUCGACGAGGAAGGGCGCAAUCGUGAUACAGGGAAUGGAGGAGUCGUUCAUAAAGUCUGCCGAGGACGGCGUCCGCCUGCUCCAGGACGGAUCCCACAAGCGCCAGGUCGCGGCGACAAAGUGUAACGAUCUCUCGUCGAGAUCGCACACCGUCUUCACAAUCACGGUGCAUGUCAAGGUCAUGGGCGAGGACGGCGAGGACAUGCUGCGCACGGGGAAGCUCAACCUGGUGGAUCUGGCGGGGUCGGAGAACAUUGGCCGCUCGGGCGCGGAGAAUAAGCGCGCCCGCGAGGCGGGGAUGAUUAACCAGAGCUUGCUGACGCUCGGGCGGGUGAUCAAUGCGCUCGUCGACAAGUCGCCGCACAUCCCGUACCGCGAGUCGAAGCUCACGCGGCUGCUGCAGGACUCGCUGGGCGGGCGCACAAAGACGUGCAUCAUCGCCACCAUCUCGCCGGCGAAGUGUAAUCUCGAGGAGACGAUGAGUACGCUCGACUAUGCGGCGCGCGCAAAGGAUAUCAGGAAUAAGCCGCAGAUGAACCAGAUGCUGACCAAGAAGGCGCUGAUCCGCGAGUAUGUGCUUGAGAUUGAGAAGCUCAAGGGGGACCUGCAUGCGACGAGGCAGAAGAAUGGCGUGUUUUUGACGAGCGAGAGUUAUCAGGAGAUGACGGAGGAGAGCGAGAGCCGCCGCAUCCUGAAUGAGGAGCAGCAGCGCAAGAUCGAGGUCAUGGAGAAUAGCCUCAAGAACACGCGCGAGCAGUUUGAGAGCAACAUGCGCAUGUUUGUGGCACUGAAGAAGGACCACGAGAGUACGAAUCGGGUGCUGGAGGAGACGAAGGGCAGCCUGGAGAAGACGGAGCUUCACCUUGAGAGUACGCAGCGCGACCUCGCCGACGAGACUGUGCUCCGCAUCGCGCACGAAAACACGGAGCAGAAGCUCGACCGCGUCGGACGCACGCUCAUCACCACCCUCGGCGAGACCGUCAAAGACGUUGCGGGGCUACACGGGAAGAUUCGCCGAAUGGCGGACCUGGAGGUCACCAACCACGGCACAUGGCAGCGGUCGUCGGGCGCCGUCGUGGCUACCACCGAGCUGGUCGAGAGCGAGCUGGCCGUGUUUACGGGCGAGCAGCAGCGCCUGGCAGAGUAUGUCACGGACCGGCUGGCGCAGUUUGCCGAGGUUGGGAUCGCGAAGCUGGAUGAUGCGUACAGCCACAUCGAGAACCGGCUCGAGGGCUUUAAUGGCGGCGAGGCGGCGCUGGCGGCGGAGAUGCACAGGGCGAAGGAGGAGAUGAAUGCGGUGCUGGAGGAGAUUAAGGUGCUGAGGGAGGAGGUGAAGACGCGGGUAGGAGAGGGCUUGAAGGGACUGAAUGAUGCGGCGGAGCGGAUCGCGGCGGAGGUGGUCGAGGACCUGGCAAAGUUCGGGACGAUGCUGCAUGAGUCGUAUGCGCAGCUGGGCCGCGAGUUUAGGGUGCUGUUUGAUGAGGCGCAGAAGAGCGUGGUGGCGCAGAAGGCGGAGGUGGAGAAGAUGCGGGUGCAGCUUGUUGCGGCGACGGCGGCGAGCACGAGCGCGACGAGGAAGGCGCAGGAGGAUAUGGAUGCCAUCUUGAAGGAUGAGCGCGAGAAGGCGGCGAAGGAGCGGGAGGCGCUGAUUUCGCAGUUAUCCAGAUUGAUUAAUGGCGCGGCGGAGCAGCAGGAUAAGAGGCUUACCGCGCGCAUACAGCGGGUGCAGAGCGAUGUGGCGGCGGUGCAGGAGGAGCUCGAGGCGGCGACGAAGGAGUAUAAGGAGGGCAUGGACGAGUGGACGGGCAAUGAGGAGAAGUUUAUUGAGAAUCUCAAUGGGAAGAAGGAGGGGCUUAAGACGCGGCUGCAGGUGGAUUGGCAGGCCGCAGAAGCCCAAAACGCCGCAAUCCAAAGCACCACGGCCGCCAUCCACGCCGAAUCCGUCUCCCUCGUCGGCACCCAAGUCCACAACAUCAGCACGCAACUCGCCUCCCUCGACGGCUUCGUCACGCGCGCCCGCGCCGCCAACGAGUCGCACCACACGCAGCUCUCCAGCACCCUGCAGACCCUCGUGGCCUCCGUGCGCGACACGUGCACGGCCGUCGGCACAAAGCUCGCCGAGGUCAAGGAGGACACGGAGAUCUUUGCCGACGACUUUAACGCACACACCGCGGCGCUCGGGAAGGCGCUUGAUCCUGUCGAGGCAGUCAUUCUGCCGGCGCUCUCGGACCUGCGGAGGUCCGUGGUGAGGGCGCCGAUGAAGGAGUAUUGCCCGACGGGCGCGACGCCGAGGAAGAGGGAGUAUGAGUAUCCGGUUGUGUUGCCGCGGACGGCGCCGAGGGAGGUGGUGCUGGCGGGGGGCGACGGCGGGGAGGAUGAGGUGAUGGUGGAUGAGGGGGAGGAGGAGGAUGAGGUGUCGCCGUUGACGACGCCGACGGCGGCGGUGUUUCCGGGGACGGGGCUGGUGGGGGGGAGGACGCCGUUGGGCGAGAAGGAGGUGUGUACGCCGAAUAAGACGGUCGGGAAGGUGUCGGGGAUACCGGGCGCGCGGAAGAUCUUUGGGAAUGGGCGUGGGAUGGGGGGCGAUGCGGCGGGGGAUGAGGAGGCGGAUGGGUAUGAUGAGGAGGAUGGACCGCCGCCGAAGAGGACGAGGAGUCAGAGUGCGAAGUUGGGUGUUGUGAAGGGCGGGUAUAGCGCGGGUGUGGGCGGGAUGCAGGUGAAUAGGAGUGCGAGUGGGGGUGAUGUGGUGGGCAAGAAACGGUCGAGGUAG